AUGAGGAAAGUUUUGUUCAAAUUCUCUAAAUCAUAUGGAGACGACUUGAAUGUUCAUAUAGAGGAGUGGUUAGAAUUCCCCAUGACGUGCACAGUUUUUGAGUGUUCUCUUCAGCUUGCAAGUGUGCAUAGCAUUCCAGAAUUUGCUUUUGGAGCUUUUCAUGAAAAAUUAUCAGAUUUUAUAUCUAAUGAAAACAGUAAUGACUUUAAAGAUCGCUAUUUACAUUUGGUGAAUAAUUUAAAACUAAAUGCCUUAAAUAUCGAAAAGCUUUGCUCUGAUUUCGAUUCUGCGAAUCAUAACGAUUUCUUGUCAUCUUCAAAAUUAGCGAAGCUUAGUGAUCAACAAAUCUUUACCCACACUUUUAAUCGAAUGAUUCAUUCACCUGCAGCUCAGGAUUUCGUACAUCUUGAAAAGUCGUUCGCUGUCGCAGUUGGUUAUGAACUUCAUAAACGAAACGAUGUCCUUAAAGAAAUGGAUCAAAAACAUAUUAAUGAGACUGAACGUGGUUUACAGAAGCGUGGCAGUGAGAUGCCAGAAACUAUUACUCAACUUCAAGAGGGCUAUUAUCUAAAGCGAGAGAUUGUUGAAAGUCACUGGGAUAGUUGUAUCAGUGCAUUGAAAUGGGAACAACGUCAAGCCCUGAGGAAAUUUGUAAUGUCCUUUGAAGAUCAUGUGCAAAGUUUAUCAACGAACAAUAGUCAGAUCAACUUUUCACAGAAGGAUAUGAAAGACAGUUCACCUAAAGCAUCGCAGUCUACAAAAAAAUCGUCUCUAAUAAAUAAUCGUCCCAUUUUCAAACGAAGCGAUCAUAUUCCAUUGUCAGAAACCUUUACUGUACAGUUGGGACGUCAAUUACGGACAGUAUUCAAUUUUCGUUUGACUCGAAUGGAUCCAUCAGAACUAAUAACAGAUAAAAGGUCCAGAAUUCAAGAAAAUCAUUUACCAGAUGAAAAUGCCUUAGCUGAACGUAUGAACAAUGCUUUAAACAUUUACUCAAACAAUUUGAAUGGUUUAGUAAUUCUCGUUGACAAAGGAGUAAACUCUUUUCGCGGAAUUAAAAGACAUACAUUAAUUACUGUAGAUGAAACUUGA